UUUGUUGGCGCAGGGCUCUGGGAAAACUGAAAAAAUUUCUUACGACUUUCCUUUCAAUAACAAAUAUUCAGUGAAAAAAAGUGAAAAAAUUUAAUAAAAACGCAUAAGAAUAAUUAAAAAAAUGUUAAAUUUUUAGUGUAGCCUAAAAAUCAUAUAAAAAAAACAAUUAAUUUGUGUAAAAAACAAACAAAAAAUAUAGAACGAAGGAGAAAAAAAGCAAAGAAUCAUCAAAUUUUUAUUUUUUACAUAUACAAUACAAAGCAGCAGCAAGACGCAGUCAGUCUACCACCAACAACAAACUUGUGUGUGAGCGACGCAGUAGUAUUAUUGACGAAUAAUUCGCCCACAAUGACAAAAGAGUCCCCCUUUCGCUUAUAAGAAGGAAAAAAAUAAAAUUUAAGAAAAAUUAAAACAAAAUACAAAUAUUGAUAACAAAUAUAAAAAAUUAACACAUAAAAGCCUUAUAAAACACCAACAGAAUUGUAUUGAACAUCCUAACCGACGAAAGCCAUGAGCAGUAGCGCUGAUGGAUCUUCUAUACGCUUUAGCGACCAUACACUGGACAAGGCCACCAAGGCCAAGGUAACAUUAGAGAAUUACUACAGUAAUUUAGUCACCCAAUAUGGUGAGCGUAAACAACGUUUAGCCAAACUAGAGGCACAACUGAAAGACGAAAGUCUAACAGAAUCGCAGCGUCAGGAGAAACGUCUGCAACAUGCCCAAAAGGAAACAGAAUUUCUACGUUUGAAACGUUUACGUUUGGGUGUCGAAGAUUUCGAAGCACUUAAGGUAAUUGGUCGCGGUGCCUUCGGUGAGGUGCGUUUAGUACAAAAGAAGGACACUGGCCAUGUGUAUGCCAUGAAGGUUUUGCGUAAGGCCGAUAUGUUGGAAAAGGAACAAGUCGCUCAUGUACGAGCAGAACGUGAUGUUCUGGUCGAGGCCGAUCAUCAGUGGGUAGUGAAAAUGUACUACAGUUUUCAGGAUCCCUCAAAUUUAUAUUUAAUUAUGGAAUUCUUGCCCGGCGGUGAUAUGAUGACAUUGUUAAUGAAAAAAGAUACACUUUCAGAGGAAUGUACACAAUUUUAUAUUGCAGAAACAGCAUUGGCUAUAGACUCAAUACAUAAAUUAGGUUUCAUACAUAGAGAUAUAAAGCCCGAUAACUUACUAUUGGAUGCACGCGGACAUCUAAAGCUCUCUGAUUUCGGUUUAUGUACCGGUUUAAAAAAAUCACAUCGUACUGAUUUUUAUAGAGAUUUAUCACAAGCAAAACCAUCUGAUUUUAUAGGAACAUGUGCAAGCCCCAUGGACUCAAAACGUCGUGCCGAAUCGUGGAAACGCAAUCGACGAGCCUUGGCCUACAGUACUGUCGGCACACCCGAUUAUAUUGCCCCCGAAGUAUUUCUCCAGACCGGCUAUGGACCCGCCUGUGAUUGGUGGUCUCUAGGCGUAAUUAUGUACGAAAUGUUAAUGGGUUAUCCACCCUUCUGCUCAGAUAAUCCCCAAGAUACGUAUCGUAAAGUAAUGAAUUGGCGUGAAACAUUAAUAUUCCCUCCCGAAAUACCCAUAUCAGAAGAAGCUAAAGAAACCAUUAUUAAAUUUUGCUGUGAAGCCGAUCGUCGAUUAGGUUCACAGAGAGGUUUAGAAGAUUUAAAAUCUGUACCAUUUUUCCGCGGUGUCGAUUGGGAGCAUAUACGUGAGAGACCAGCAGCUAUACCCGUUGAAGUGCGUUCAAUUGAUGACACGUCCAACUUUGAUGAAUUCCCCGAUGUUUCAUUAGAAAUACCUUCAGCUCCUAUGCCACAGGGCAGUGAAAUAGCUAAAGAUUGGGUCUUCAUCAAUUACACCUUCAAACGUUUCGAAGUACGAAAUUUAGAGUGAGGCUGAGCUAUCAUUCGUUUUUAAAAACCACAACAACAGAUCAUUGCUUACAUUUAAUUUCUAUAUGUAUUUUUUUUCUCUCUCUAAGUUGAACUUAAGGCCGUAAAAAAAAUAAAACAAGCUAAAAAUAAAAUUAACUAAAAAAAAAAGAAAAACUUAUAACUUACAAGCCACAAAAUGCAGAUAGAAUAAAAAAACAACAACAAAAAAACGAAAUAAUAAAACAUGAACAAAUUUAAACUAAAUUAUUGAAUUGAAAUAGAAAUAACAAC